ACUUAUCAAACUGCCUCACUUCUCAACCAGUUUUUUUAGCAUGCUGAUUAUCCUGAAUCUUAUCGUUAUCUAGAUUGCAAGUUUGUGCGUAGCAAGACUGUCAUAGUGUAGCUAGUUCGCUAGCUACUGGUUAUGCUGUGAUAGAUAGCUAGCUAGCCAACCUUAAAUCAUUUACCUGUGAUAGCUUGUUAGAAAGGAAUCAAGACUAUGUAUUAGUUGCUACUCUAGCUACUUUUAUUAUGAUAUAUUAUAUAUUGAACUAGCGAACCAGAUAUCUAGCCAGUUAAGCUAGCUGGCUAGCUAAUUUAGCUGUUUAAAUCCGUCAUUGUUUUGAUUUUGUGGUAACCUUUAUGUGGUAGUUUAGAGUUUCCAGUUUUUGCGACUACAUUGCGUCUUAGUUAUCUGGCGGAAUUAGCCUGACGAUGUCGCCUUAAUUUUGCAGUGAAUAUCACGUGACGGUUGCUGCAGAUAUUUGACAUUAUGUAGAUUGAAAAGAAAGACGUAGUUCGAUAUGGCAGCGAUUUGUAGAGCUGGAACGAAAUCGCCACGUUAAUUUAUGUUAAACGAUUCUGCUGCAUUUCAUCAACUUAAGUGUUCGAGCUGUUGCCCUGAAAGCUGUUCAAUCAUCAUGCCAUUUAUCGACUUGCAUUCGAGGUUUGGUCUGAAUCUGGACCGUUGGCUGUUGGCCCAGAGCGGAAAACAGCCCUUUAAGCAAGCUGCACGCUGCCACGCCUUUGAGAAGGAGUGGAUUGAGUGUUCCAGUGGCAUCGGUCUGGCCCGCGCACGACAGGAGUGCAAGCUUGAAUUUGAUGACUUUUAUGAAUGCAUGCACCGCCAGAAGACGUAUAAGCGACUCCAGGAAAUCCAAAAACAAAAAGAAAAGCUGGUGAAGGAGGCAUCCUUAACUGGGACGCAGCACCACUGAGCAAAGGGCCAUAAUCUCCUGCAGGAAUGCAUGUGCACGCCUGGUCCAGCCUCAGCAUCAUACACCUGUGGUGUAUCCAGGGGCUUUGUGUAAAUUAACUAUUCAUAUCUUGAUAUUGUUUGUCUUUCCUGUUCCAAGUCAGUAAAUGGACAUAUAUGUAACCUUACUGUUGUACCUCUCCCUUUUUUUGUGAGUUCAGAACUGAAGGUGUUGACUGGAAGUAAAAGUGUCCGAAAGAAGUAAAUGAAAAGGGUUAAAUUCCGAAUUUUCAAACUGGAUUUGAGUUUCACAGUUACCAAAAACGGUAAAUGCUAGAACCAGGCUUUCUAUAGAACAAUGUGUUGUAACAUAAUGUUGAUUAUUCAAGUAGGGGGUGGGGGGGCAUGCUAGAGAUAGGCAGUCACAGAAUGAUUAUGUACCUGUCUGUACAAUUGCAUGUGCACUCUUAGGAAUGCUGUGCAUGUAAAAGGAUGCAGUGUUCUCUCUUGACUGGCUUGAAUGUCAGUAGAAAGUAUAUUGUAUUCUUGCGUGAUUUCUUCAUGCCACAUUUCUCAACCCAUCUCUACCCCUCCCAUCACCCAACCCUCAGUUUAAGAACCACUGGUCGAACAAACCGUUUGUGUUUAAAACUUAAAGAGUAAGCAAUAGGGUCUAGCCAUGUCGAGUUAUGUACACAAUCUAUUAAGGUCUCAUCAACUCUGCCCAUACCAAGGCAUCUACAACUUCAGGAACUACAGUACCAAGACAAAUACAAAUCCGUACAGCCCAUUCACCCAGGGUUAUGUAAAUAGCAUGCUAAUAUUGUUUCAACACUUCCUGUUAUCUACAGGAUAACCUGAUGUACAUACCUCUCCAGGAAUGACAAUGUCUCACUGUUAAAUGUCCAUCCAUAACCAUCAUUAUCCUCUCCUGUACACAAAGAGGUCUGUGAUCUCAAGUAUUGCUUCUCCGAGGAUGCUGUAGCGAAUCAUUCAGGGCCGCGCUGGCCCAUUGGCGUACCCUUUCACCACCCACACCCCUAUUGCCCUUCUCCUCACACCCCUCCACUGAUUACCUGUCCCUGCAUCAUCUGUCACCAUAGUACAUAGGGCACUAAAUUAUUUAUUCCCAUGAUUUGCAAAUCCCUUGUGAACGGCAGAAAUGAACCCAAAAAUAAAGUCUGAAUGAUUAAAAAAACAAA